CCGGUUUUGUUAAUUUUACACGUGUCACCAAAAAUGGCUGCCAAUGAAGAAGCCCGUACAACUGGAAAUUCUGCUUCACAAACCAAUAGAGAUGAGGAUUUUACAAAUUCUAUCAAUGUAGAUCUAUUCAACUCAGUCAUGGGCAAUCCUUUUGAUUAUAACCCAGCAGCCAAGAAGAAGUCAUUCCUGGAUCAUGCACUUGCUGCAGUGAUUAGUGUACCUAUUCAUCAUCCAAUUCGUCUUAUAUCCAACCUCAUUCAGUUUGGCUAUGAGCCAUAUCCUCCCACGAGGCACUAUAGCUUCCUUGUCCGUCAGCACCUCUAUUACUAUCCUGGCGUCUUUGGUUAUGCUCGUAAUAUCAUUAAAGAGAGAGGGUGGAGGGCAUUGUAUCGUGGAGUGGGGCCAGCAUUAGCGGAAGAAAUAGUUUUGGGAUUGGUUGGCGAUGCUGUGAAGCCGUUGGUCUAUUCAGUUGUUAGUUCUCUCCCUCUCUCUGAAGUUCCCGGGAACGACGACACCCCGGACACAAUUGAAAACGUCCAGUCUACUCGUGCGACCAUUGUUCGUGGUAUAAAGGGAUUCCUCUUGAUGUCAAUCUCUGGUUGUGUCAUAGAGGUUGCUGUUCGUCCUCUUCGUGUCAUCACACUGAGGACAAUAGCUCAGCACGUCGGGGAAGAGACUAUAUACAAUGGCUUCUUUGCAGCUGCAAAGGAGAUUUAUCGUAGUGAGGGCCUACGCGGUUUUUAUAAUGGGAUUGUUCCGGCUCUUUUGCACCACGUGAUGUCUGCACUGGUGUAUCAAGGAGUCUUCAUUGCUAUUGAAGAAAUUGUCCAUCUAUUAUCUGUAGGAGUUAUAGGAGGGAGCUUGGUCAUUUUGAAGGGACCCAUUGCUUCUUAUGUCACUCGUUCCUAUACUUAUCCAUUCUCCCUCAUCAGUAAUAUAUCAGCUAUCAAUAGUACCUCACUUGCAGUUACUAAGUAUGUCCCUUCUUUUGUUUCGUGGAGAGAAGGAUGGAGGCUCUUACGCUCAACUGGAGACUUAUAUCGUGGUACUUCCAUUUUGCUUCCUCGGUUUGCCCACAGUGAUUCAAGAAACAAACUAUGAUGAAUGAAAGAAGUUGACAUUAUUCAUUAAAAAUUUAGUCAUUUUUAUUUGUAAUUUGAUUUUGCUAGAGCAAGUUUAUGUUAA